AUGGAAGAUGAAGCUGGGGGUGCGGGUGGAGCCAGUCAGGGGUGUCCUAGUGCCCCACCUGUGCCUGGGCUCCCCGUAUUGGGGGAUAUCGCCAUCAGUCUCUUCUCAGGAGCCUGCCUUGGUGACCGGAUCCUUCCUGUUCCCACAGCACAUUUCAUGGUGCAGGCUGAGUCCGAGUGUCAUUUCUCCAACGGGACCGAGGGGGUGCGGCUCCUGAACAGAUACUUCUAUAACGAGGAGGAGAUCGUGCGUUUCGACAGCGAUGUGGGGGAGUUUCGGCGGGAGACUGAGCUGGGGCGGCUGGAUGCUGAGCACUGGAACCGGCAGAAGGACCACCUGGAGCGGAAGCGGGUCGAGGUGGACACGUUCUGCAGACACAACUACGGGAUUGUUGAUAGCUUGAUGAUGCAGCGACGAGCUGAGCCUACCAUCACUGCGUAUCCUGCAAAAACCCAGGCCCUGCAGCACCACAACCUCCUCAUCUGCUCUGUGAAUUGUUUCUAUCCAGGCCACAUUGAAGUCUGGUGGCUCCGGAAUGGCCAGGAAGAGGAGGCUAGGGUCAUCUCCACAGGCCUGACCCAUAAUGGAGAAUGGACCUUCCAGACCCUGGUGAUGCUUCAAACAGUUCCUCAGGGUGGAGAGGUCUACACCUGCCAAGUGGAGCACCCAAGCCGGACAAGCUCUAUCACAGUGGAAUGGAGGGCCCCAUCUGAGUCUGCGCAGAGCAAGAUGCUGGGUGGAGUCGGGGGCUUCGUGCUGGGACUGCUCUUCCUUGGGGCGGGGCUGUUCAUCCACUGCAGGAACCAGAAAGGUGAGGACCCUGCCGGCAGCUGAGACCCACACAGACCUUUGGGGGAAGAAACAUGGUUUUGUUCAACUUAGUUCUCUGUAUACAGUGGUCCUCUUUAAAGCCUUUC